CCUGUCCGCCCCUCCCUCCCUCCCUCCCUCCCCCCCGCACGAUGGCCGCGGGCGGCCCCGUGCGCCGGGCGGUGGCGGCGCUGCUGCUGGCCGCGGCCGCGGGAGCCCCGCAGAGCCACCCGGCGGGGUGCCUGCGGCCAGGCUUCCGCUUCGAGCCGGCCCUGCACCCGCCCGGGGCGCUGCACAACGUGAGCGGGCCCUGGGACUGCCAGAGGAAUUGCCAGACCAACGCCUCCUACAAGUUCUUCGGCUACUUCCCCGAGGCCAGGACGUGCUACCUCGGGGGCUCCCAGGACGAGCUGGUCGAAGACCCCUCCGCCGUGUCUGGACCGUGCGUCUGCGAGGGCAGCGCAUCGGCUUGCGAGGACCAGCUGCCCGAUGGCUUCCCAGGCCUCUCUGCGGCGGCCACCAACUCCCUCUUCCCGACUGGCUUCGCGCCGACGAAGCUGCAGUGCUGGCCACACGACGCGGCAGGGCGCCCCGAGGCGUGCGACCUCGAGCCAGUCACGGUCCUGGACGAGCUGGACUCGGGCUGGCAGGCCUCCUGCGAGGGGCUCGCGGAGGUGCCCCUCCAGAGCGGCGAGACCUGCGAGGCAAGCUGCCGGCGCAACGCCAGCUGCGCCAGCUGGCGGGCAGAGGAGGUGUGCCUGCAGGGCCUCGGUCGCGGCUGCGAGGGCCCGGCGGGCGCCGCCGGCUCCGCCGCGGCAGUGGGCGCCCGGCUGCUCCGAGGCCACUACAGAGUGCUGCUGGACCUUGCCGGCGUCGAGGUCACCAGGCUGCAGAACGUGUUCGAGAAGGGCUACAUCGCCAACGCCUCGGAGGCGCUGCAGACGUGCCGCAGCUACUGCCUCGCGUCGCUGCGGUGCGAGGUGUGGGAGUAUGCAGCGGGGUUCGGCUGCUGGGUGGAGGACCCGGCCGUUCAGGAGAUAGAGUGGCCGCUCACCACCGCCAGCCUCCGGCGCGGCACCGCCCUCGCGGAUUCUGUGGUCGCCGGCGAGUAUCGCGCCUCUGCGGCGCGCCCGGGCCCGCGCCGCCCGGCGCGCCCGCCGCGCCUCGCGGCGCCUGGCCCGUCGUCGACGCCGCCGCGGCGCCGGCCGCCACGACGGUGCCGGCCGAGGACGCCAACGAGUCGUCCUACGCGCUGGCGAAUGCCACGGCCGACGCCCUUGAGGGCGUGAUGUUCGGCACCUCCGACCACGUCAAGGAGUAUUGGACGGUGUACGUGCUCCUUGCCAUUGCCGUGGUCACGUGCCUCUUGUUCAUGUGUUCCUUCUGCGUCAAGCGCAGGAAGAAACCAAAGUCGAAGACCCGAUCGUUGCGCACAAUGAGUAGGGCAGACGUCGAGGUGGAGACCGAGGGUGAGGAGCCGUCGAGCAAGCUGGACCACGAGACCCUGCCGCUGAUGCUGGGAGACGGCGUCGACUCCUUCGACGCCAGCCGGGCCUCGCCGAGCUCGUUGGGCUCGCCAGGCCUCCCGCUCCAGCCGCUGCCGCCCCCAACCGCCGGGCUGCCGAGCCGCGGCUGCGGCGCUUCGCCCCUGCCGCCCGCCGGCGCCGGCCCGCCCGCGCGGCCUGCCUGGCCGUGGGCCCACCCCGCCGGAGCGCGGGCGCCCGCGAGCAGGACAGCCGUGGCGCCGACAUCGCCGAUGAUGCUUCUGGCGCCGACGGCCACGAUGCCCAACCGUGGAGGCCCUAGGCUCCUCCAGGCCGUGCCCCUGCGGAGACACGCCGAGGGCCUCUGA